CGACGACGACGACCAGCAACAACACCCUCCGGCAUCGAGGGAGAUUCAGUUAACAGGACAGUAAAACCAGUGCGAGAACAGACCUAUUGUAUUGCAUCACUUCCGAUUGCAGCAGUUUCCUUCAUCAAACAACGACCGACCGAUCGCUCAACUUACAUCACGGGCAACCAAGCACGACAAUCAAGCGCGCGGACCUGCAGCAUAUUCGAAGGAAGCACACCGCUCCACCAGCAUAAGAUCUUGAAGGGGCAUCAUCUGAGCGUGUCUACGGGUAGCAGGAGAAGCUUGACGACCUCAGAGGUAUAUUGGAGGCUGGAAAACCUCACAGAUGCCAGCUUGCGCACAGCUAGCAACCACACGGUAAACACCACCGUCGCCGUCCAUGGAUGAGCCACCUUCGUCCCCGCCGACAGAUCUGUCCACCCCAGAGAGCGCGCUCGCAUAUUACAAAUCGCAAUACGAACAGCUUGAGCAUGAAUUAGCGGAAUUCCAGGCCUCCAGUCAAGAGCUGGAAGCCGAGCUAGAGAAGGAUGUUGAGGCUGCCGAGAAGAGGGAGCGGUUGCUGCAGGAGAAGGCUGAGAGCUUGGGAUUUGAGGUUGAGGAAUGGAAGUCCAAAUACAAGCAGUCCAAAACCGAGGCGAACAUGGUGCAGAAUGCCCUCCAGAAGGAAAUCACCACUCUUCGAGAUACCAACCGAACACUACAACUAAAAUUACGCGACAUCGAGGUUCAAAAUGACGAUUUCGAGAGGCAAGCUCGGAACACUUCAUCAUCGUUAGAGGAUCUGGAGUCAAAAUACAAUGUUGCGAUCGAAAGGGCCGUUAUGAUGGAGGAGGAGAUCAAAGUUGGAGAGCAGGAGAGAGAGAAUCUGCGAAUCGAAACCCAGCGCCUUCGAGAUGAGCUAGCGGAUCUCAGGAUAGAAGCAGAGAUAAUGCAAGACAAGCUCCGGAAACGACAUGUCCCAAAUAUCGCCACCGAUAUCACUGCGCCAAACUCUCCUUCUCCGGGAGACUCUCCAACAUCUACUGCAUCUUCACCCAUGAUCACGACUCCACCGGACACGAAAUCGAUUUCAACGGCCGAUACUGUAUCCGACACACUGACCCCUCCAUCCCCACCUAUUUCAGAUGCUUCUGGUUCAGCGAAACGAAUGCUCAAGACUCCUAUGAAUCCACCGAAGAGCAAAAUAAAGCUCCCCUCUGGUGACUCAAGCACUACGCCCAAACCUGCAGCGCGAUACCCCUCAGGUAAUCUGCGAAGCUCUAGAGGGCCCCCACCCACAGCACCAUCCAUUUCCACCCGCAUGCGAAACGCAACUCCUGCUGUAAUUCGAAAUGCCAAAACGAAGGCACCAGCCACCCGAGGUCUGCCUAGUUCAACAUCGCUCACCCACAUUCGGAGUCUCACAGCGCAGAUGCAGAGGCUGGAACAACGUGUGCAUUCUGCGAGAUCUAAGUUGCCCGCACCAGUCAAUACCCCACCUCGAGCAUCUCCUCGAAAUGGUUCGGCUUUGGGGCAGAACUACAUGCCCUCUAGUGUUACGAUAAGAAGUAGGAAGCGAACUGGCGGAAGCACGAUAAGCAACUCGUCUAUUGCUCCAGAAGAUACGCCCCAGUCGUCGACGAAGCACGUUGCAAGACUAUCUACAUCAGGAAUCAGCAGAUUGUCCUUCGGUCCACUCCCGAGUCGUGAAAACACCGACAGUAGGCCCAGUAGCCGAGCGAGUGCUAGCAGCUACGUUCGGCCGGAUCGCCCUGUGAGUCGGACCGAAAUUGCACGUCCUGUGAGCCGCACGUCAAUGUCAGGGGCUCGCACGCCGCUGGGACACUAUUCCCAGUCCACGAUUGCCGAAUCUCGGAGACCAAGAUCUAGCAUUGGUGGUAAUUAUGGAGCAUCUCACGGCCACGGACAUUCGCAGAGCGUAUCACACAUCGACCUUGAUGAGUCUCGAGAGCUGGAUUUUGCAACUCCUAGUCGAAGGAAUACAUACGGCAAAGGAGACCUGGAAAGCAGUGCCAUCCCUGGCCCACCUGGUCUAGCCAGACGAAAAAGCGGCCCGCUUGGCAUGACAGCCUUACCCAGAAGGACAACAAGUGGAGGACCAGCGUCAAGAGAUGGAGACAAAGCCGAAAGUGGAAUGAAGCCUCCUGGUCGACCGAGGAAGCUUUCUGGUGUGGGAGAGACAUAUUAACCAGGGGCUAGGCUAGUUGUUUACUGAAUUCUUUUGCUUGCACUACACACGACCUGUAUACGAUGUUAUGAUGGGGUGGGAAUGUCUAUUUGUGGCUUGAGCAUUGGUGCAACUGGCGUUUUGUCGUUUCUUCUACGUACCUAUGUUAUGCAAUGCGGGAUUAUUAGGUGCAGUGCAUUUGUAGGAUGUAAGGAGGAUGAAUCGAUGGAGUUGGAGGGCUGCCACUGCAUUGUUUAAAUGAUUAGGCUGGCUGGGGUACUACCGCUUGACUGAUAGCUAAGACGAAGCUAAUUCUGAACGAAGAGAACGUUUGAUGCUGAGAUUUAGGCCAUGUCUCCGACUUAUUUUCCGUGAUCUGAUGCUCAGUGAAGUCCGUAGAAGAGACAUGAAGCAUGACGACACUUCGUCUCGAAUGAUCUUAUUCCAUCAUAUUUCUCUCUCGAGAAAACCUCUUCGCCUUCCAAGUCUCCACUUCAGCCCUAUGCUAGACGUCCAUACGGGCAAUGUUCAAGAAGUGCGGUGCUGUUUACUUCUAAUCAAUAACGAUCUUAGCGUCUGCAGCCAGCCGAAGCCCGAAGCGAGGCCACUUCCAGAGUUCGCCGUGCUCACGGAAAGAGAAGCCAUACCCAUAAGCAUAUAUAGUAGUCAAACCCGGCCUACGACACGACUACAUUACAACAGAUCGACUGGGGAAAUUCGUGGCACAGAUGGCUGUGCUGUUUUUAGAAGCAUACCGUGCAGUAGGUGAGGAUUUAGGAUGAUAAUGAUGCUUGUAUCUGCAGGCCACCAAAACCCGCCGAAGCGAAGGAGGGCCGGGUGAGUGAGCUCAGCCGGACCUCCGUAAACAGUCCUCAACUCAAGGUAGAUACCGUACCACAUAGAGUAUUCUGCCAUAG